GGCAGCCGGCAGCGCCAUGCGGCCGCCCCUUCCUCCUGCCGCUCUGCCUCCUCUCCGGCGCUAAGUCAAUGCCAUGCUGCCGCUGCUCCUGCCGGCUCUGCUGGCCGCCUGCCUGCCGCCCCGCCACGGCUGGAGCCCCGCGGCGGCCGCCAGCGGGCAGCAGGAGCCGGAGCCCGAGCUCUUCUUGCCCGCUGCCAACUCCUCCGCCCGCUCCCUGGCCAGCUUCGAGAUGGACCUCGAAGCGGCAACCGGCAAGGAGGAAGGCGGCAGCACCAGCAGCGGCAGCACCAGCAGCCCGGGCCCGCCGGCUGCCCCUAGCCAAGAGCCUUCCUCCUCCGCUGCCACCUCGCCCGGGCAGCAGCAGCGGCCGCAGGGGCAGCCGCAGCCCGCCGAGGACCCGCACUGCAACAUCAGCGUGCAGCGGCAGAUGCUGAGCUCGCUGCUCGUGCGCUGGAGCCGCCCGCUGGGCAUCCAGUGCGACCUGCUGCUCUUCUCCACCAACGGCCACGGACGCGCCUUCUUCUCGGCCGCCUUCCACCGCGUGGGGCCGCCGCUGCUCAUCGAGCACCUGGGGCUGGCGGCGGGCGGCGCGCAGCAGGACCUGCGCCUCUGCGUGGGCUGCAGCUGGGUGCGCGGCCGGCGGGGCGGCCGCCUGCGGGGCGCCGCGCACCAGCCCCCGGCCGCCCCGCUCACCUACCCGCCGGCCGCCGAGCCCGGCCAGUACUGGCUGCAAGGGGAGCCGCUCAACUUCUGCUGCCUGGAUUUCAGCCUGGAGGAGCUCAAGGGCGAGCCGGGCUGGCGCAUGAACCGCAAGCCCAUCGAGUCCACGCUCGUGGCGUGCUUCAUGACUCUGGUCAUCAUUGUGUGGAGCGUGGCCGCCCUCAUCUGGCCGGUGCCCAUCAUCGCCGGCUUCCUGCCCAACGGCAUGGAGCAGCGCCGCAGCACCGCCGCCUCCGCCGCCGCCGCCAAGUAGCGACCGCCCGCCCGCCGGGCGCCCCCGCUCCCGCCGUGUGGUGUCAAGGCAGGCGGGAGCCGCCCGCCGCACCGGACUCUGUAGCGCUGCCCGUGCCGUGUCUGUGUCUCGUUUAAAGCGUGU